GUGGGGAGGGUUUUCGCUUUUUGGCCUUUCCGCCUUUUCACCUUUUCGGUGGCUGGCAGUGGCACUUUUGUCACAGUAGUGUCACACUGUCACUCCUCAUUCACUUGUUGAGGUUGCCUCCGCUGCUCAGUCUCUUGUCCAUUUCUGCUGAGGAAGAUGGGAACCUAUGAAGACGACCACGUCAGUAUAAAUAUAACCACUUCGCAACUCAAACGCCAGGCCCAGGAGACCGAGCUUGGGUUUUCAUCCUCCGGCUUAAACUCGCAAACUGAGCGAGCCUUAGUUGCCGAGUUCCAAAAUGUUGGCCUAAACUCCUUCGACAAUGAUAACCGAGGAGGGUUGAACUCUGCACACAAUGACUCCGGUGGUCCCCAGCGCCUUCCGUUGCGACCCUACGCCGGAGAUUGCCCUCAUUACGUCAGAACCGGAAUCUGCAAGUUUGGACUCACCUGCAAAUUCAAUCACCCUGUUAAGAAGACUAGUCUGGUUGUUAAGGACAAGGACUGGAGCUCAGAUAAUGCCGGUCAAAUUGAAUGCAAGUAUUACUCAACAGCAGGAGGUUGCAAAUAUGGUGAAGCUUGUAGAUACAGUCACUCUAAAAAGGAGUCUCAAGUUGCGGCUCCAAAGUUUAACUUUCUUGGUUUGCCAAUGCGAUUGGGAGGGAAAGAAUGUCCCUACUACAUGCGCAACGGUUCUUGUGGAUAUGGAACUCAGUGUGUGUUUCACCAUCCUGAACCUUCAUCAAUGGGAGGACUGGACCUCCAGAAAUCAUCUCUGAAUGGUAAGCCUAUUAGACAUUCGGCUCAUUCUUUGGGAAGCCCAAGCAUUGACUCUGCUCCACUGCAUCUGUCAGAAGCAUCCCAACCAAAUCAAGUACCUUGGUCUACACGUCCCUUGUCGAGUACUCUUUCCUACCGAAAUGACUAUUCAUCUCAUACGAUUGCGAAUUCAGUUCCUCAAUGGAUGCAUGGGCAUUCUGAAUUCAACGAGUGUCAGGCUGAAGAAGUGCCUCAACAAAGGAGCAGGAACGCUCAUCUAGUUUCUGGAGCAGCUAGAGCAGAUAUGCUGGAGCAAGAUAUUCCUGUGCAAGUUGAAGAAUUUCCUGAACGACCUGGUCAACCUGAAUGUGCUUACUUCAUGAAAACUGGGGACUGUAAAUUUAAGUCUGCAUGUCGGUUUCACCAUCCAAAGGGCCAGCCUACAUGCAUUCUGAGUGAGAAAGGCCUUCCUCUUAGACCUGGCAGAAAUAUAUGCCGGCAUUAUGAACGUUUUGGCAUCUGCAAAUUUGGCCGUGUAUGCCUGUUUGACCAUCCAGUACAUCCUAAUUUGUCAACGUUCAAGGAUUGGCCAUCUUCAGAACCAUCUGGUUAUGAUGCUGGAUCUUGGAUGCAGUAAUGGUUAGGUUUAGGCAGGUUGCAGUACAUUCUCAACUCCCCAACAAAACAAAAAAUGACAUCAAGUUUUAAUGACCGCUGUUACCCCUUUUGAUCUCCUGAUAGACCUUAGCUAGGGCGAGUUUUGCAUAGGACAGGCAUUUUUUAGUGCAGUUUUCAUUACUCUAUAUACUACCCUAAUUGUAAGAAUAGCAGGAAGCUAAUGGGGUAUGAUUUUGCAAGGAAAAUAUGUUGGAGAUGAAAAUCUUCUGGUUAAGAAAUAUACAAGGACUCAAUGUAGUAUUUUGACUUUUUUUAUCCUACCAUUUA